UUGUUCUUAGUUUUUUACGUUUGAUUUAAGGUGGAUAACAGUGACGGACAUGGCGUUUUAUUAAUAAUCUUUGCUUAGUUCACUUAUAAAUCGUGAACGCGGAAGGAUUAAAAAACGGUCUCGUUGUAGGUGAAUCCGACAGGCCGUGAAAGCAUCAGCGUUCCAACGAGCGGAGGCUAUUUUCUCCUCCUAUCAGCGCCAUUGUGUGGCGGAGUCUCGGGGAAUGAGGACCGAUUGUUUUUCUGUUGCCGACGGGACUGUUUAAAUACCCCCUCAUGUUUCUCUGUGGACCUCCGGCAGAUGUAGUUCUGAUAUAUGUUCUGUAAAGGUGCAAAGCGGAAGUUGGAAGAGGAUGAAGAGGGCCUGGAAGGCAAAGCGCUGGAGGCGUCGGUGGCGGGAGCGGGGGUAGGCGUUGCCUCGGAGGGUCUUUCCAAGGUGUCCUACACCCUUCAGAGACAGACCAUCUUCAACAUCUCCCUGAUGAAGCUCUACAGCCAGCGUCCGCUUGGCGAGCCCAGCCUGGAGCGCCGCGUCCUCAUCAACAAUAUGCUCCGCCGCAUACAGGAUGAGCUCAAGCAGGAGGGCUCUCUGCGGCCGCUGUUCCUGCCGCCCUCGCCACCGCCUGAUGACCCCAUGGACGAGGGGUUCCGCGAGGCGCCGCCGUCUUUCGGCAUCCUGUCCCAACCAUCCGCGCUGUUGAUGCCGGUGAUUCCUCCACCACCUUCGCCCCACCCGAUGGUGCCUCCCAACUGCCCGGCGCCCCAGCGCUUGGAAGGCUGCGCCGCGCCCCUGGACGCCUGCCUCACUCCGGCCUCGCUACUAGAAGAGGAUGGUGGGGAUUCGGCAUUCUGCGCACCGUCUCCACCCACUCCUCCUCUGUCUCCGCCCCCACUCGCUCCGUCGUCAGCGCUAAUGAGCAAAUUGUCCUCUAGCGUGACUGUCCUAUCAAACGACGGUUUCUCAUCCUCUCCGAGUGACAUGGAGUUGGCUCCUCCCAUCGCCAUUACACGGACGGCAGCCGCUAAUACUAUGACCAUAACUACCUCCCCCGCUCCAUCCCCUUUCUCAUCACCCACAGGCUCCACCAGAGACUGCAGGACAAUGGGUGCUAAGCCAGAGGCAGCUGCUGUUUUCCUGCCCGCACAUUCCCCUGCUAGCUUGGAAGACAUUUCCCCCUCGCCUUCGUCCCCUUCUUCUUCGGGUUUCCUCUCAGACUUGGCGCUGGACGACGUCCUGUUCGCCGAUAUUGACACGUCCAUGUACGACUUUGACCCUUGUACCACAGCGGGGGCUGUAGGUGCCACAGCUGGCGGCGGCGGUCUCGCCAAGCUUUCGCCAGUGGUGAACGCCGACGACCUCCUCAAAACUCUGGUGUCACCGUACAGCGGCUCCGCCCCCCAGGUUUCAGCCAAUCAGCCUUUUAAAAUUGAUCUGACAGAACUGGACCACAUCAUGGAGGUGCUGGUGGGGUCGUGAUUCAGCGACACCCUCACCUCCACCUGCAAAACUUUUUAUUAACCUGGAGAAACGGACUGGAUGGAAAAAUUUGGGAUUGCUUUUGUUUUUAUCUCUUUAAAAGACUUUUUCUUCUAAGGUCGGUAAUUGUAAACAUCGAAGGUGAUGUCAACUAGUACUACUAUGACAACUACUACUUCUACACAACACUGUUCAUGCACUGUGCUCGCCUUUCUAGGUGUGGAAGUGAAGUAAUGAGGAAGCAAAGCAUACAUGCCGCAAAAACAUGAAAGUAUUUUUUGUCUAGUUUCUUUUGCAAAUAUUUUAGUAUACUUGAAAUGAGACAAAACUAACUCACAAGUAACUUUUCUCCAAGAUAAGAGCUUGUUUUAAGUAAAUAAUUCCUCAAUAUUGAUUAAAAAGUACUAGUUCCAUUGGCAGAUUAUUAUAAAAAGACAUUUUCCAUGUUGGAAGUAGUAUAAUCUGCCAGUGGAACUUUUUCUUUUUCAAAAACCUGGCCACUACUGUGCCGUUACCUAGCAACCCUAGCCGAGCCCAGCCCCGUUACCUAGCAACCCAGUGCAUUUGGUCAGCUGGAAACCACUUGCCGCAUUCUUUUUAAAAUUGUUCAGGCUUUUCUUCUGCUUUUCAAAGAUGUAUGGUUGUAAAAUUGUGCAUCUUUUCGAAGCUGUUUUCACUUGUGAUUGUAAACGUUGAGUUGGGGGUGUGGCCAGCAGCAGCUUAUUUGGAUUUAAAGUGACAGAGCCCUAAAACAGCUCAUUGUGAAAGGAGCUAAAGUAAACAGAACUAACCAGAUCGAAGAAUAAUUUUGUGAAAAAAUGUUAAUAUGUUUUGUAUAUUCCAUAAAUCUAUCCUAACCAUUCAAGGAAACAUAAUGAGGCACUUUUAGGGGAUUAUUUACUUAAAUCAAGCUCCUAUAUCUUGGUGCAUAGUCACGUUACAAUUUUAUUUCAAGUGUACCAAGAUAUUUGCACUAUGAACUACACUAAAAAUGGUAAGAUUUUGUGAUUUUGUAGUGCACAGAAUUUUGUAUAUCUGUACUUGUGAGGAACUUUAUAAAUGUCCUUUCUAGUCCUUUACCUGAAGCUAAGCCUUAACCCUUAAGAGUAACUGUAAAUAUUUCUAUUUUUAAUCCUUGUGGUGAUAUACACUCCUCACAGGUACAGAAAUACAAAACAAGCAUUUACAUACACACACUGUAAUUAUGGCUUUUAGCAGCUGAGUGCCUUUCAAAUGACCACUUAUUCAGUUCCUGGUUUUUACAGUAUUUUUUAUCCGCUCUUCUCACUUUAACAGCCCAUUGAGGGUCACACGAUGUUUUUAAUUUAUUAUAUUGUAUUAAAUUUUGUUGAGGUAAUUUUACAUGAUGAAAUGAUGAUUAUUUAAUCUUUAUCUUAUUACAGAUACAAUGUUUUAAUUGUAAAGCAAGCAUUUAAGGAGGGAUACAUUGUUUUAUUGGUGUCUAUGGGGUGCCAAACGUGACAAGAUGUAGUAAAUAAAUAAUCUGGUAAAUUAUUUUAUAUUCAGUAGGGCUGAAAUGAUUAAUUGGAUUAAUCACGAUGAAUACAAACUCAAAAAAGGCUAAUUGCUGAAAAAAACAUUCUCAGAUGAAUAAAUAAGCCAAAAAACAAACCCUUUUUUUAUUUAAGAUUUAAGAAACCUGUUUUUCUGUAAAUAUGCUCUAGCUAGAACUCCUCAAGUAGCUAGUUCAAGUUCAGUAAAAUAAAAAAAUUAAGACAGGCUUUUAAGCACCUUUUUUUCCUCUAAUUAUUAAUCGGUUAAUCCAAAAAUAAACAGAUAAGCCCAUUACUGUUUAGAUGUUAUAUUGAGCAGAAAGGGCUGAGAUUUUCAUACAUUGAUUCUAGAAAUAUGUUUUAGCUGCAGAUUUGUCGUUUGCUACAAAUGAUCCAUGUAUUUUAUUGCAUUUUAGGCAAUAAAAUGUUGAUUUAACAGAAUAGUUUGCUUAUUUGAAUCGUCUAAUAUUAUAUAAAAAAGCUUAAGUAGUUAAAUGAAAAUCUGCAGAAUGUGCCAGUUUUUUUCUUCAAUCAAUUUUGCAGCCAUGAUGUAAAUAAAUGUAACCAUAAUUGUUGAAAUUGGUUUAUUUUAUUAAAUACAUAAAAUCCAAAAGGUUGCAAUAAUAUGUAAUUAUGUCAGUGUACUUUAGUCCAGUGUAGACCAAAAGGUGCUGGGCAAUAAGUUUAUUUUUUAUUUAUCACAUUUUGGCACAUUUGGACCUCCAUAGAUUUCCGCAUUAGCCUGGCUCUGCAAUAAUGCUUUAGGAGUAGCUCUAAAACACAUCACCAGGUUGUUGUUUAAACCUUUUACUAGAAGGGAGUGUCUGUUUGUGUACACAUGAUGUCUACGAAUCCAAUGCCAGGCUUCCUGUUUUGUGUGUUUUUUAAAUGUUACUUUUUUGGCCCCUCCGCCCCUCCGCCCCUCUGCUCGUCUCCCCACCUUAUACACAGUCAUAAAACAACUACUGGUUGUUGUUUUACAUGAGCUCGGUUAAGUGAGCCAGUUAUCACAAACCAGUUGCAGAGGUAUUCAAAUGAGCUGCACACACUGGAAACACUGGUUUACACUCAAAGAAAUAAGCAGAUCUCUCCCCAGUCCCAGUUGGACGUAGAUAUUCUGGAAAAGCUCCAAAGUUGAUGCAUUUAUAUUUUAUUUUUUGGCAGAAAACAGAUUAUAGUUUGGUAACAGCAGGGCUUACAGUAUUACUCACACUCCCUGUUUCUACUGGGUUUCUAGGUGAUGUUCACACCUGUUACUACAUGUGUUAGUAAUAGGUAGCCUUAAAUGCUAGCUAGCAAACAGUCCUGCUAUGUCUCAAAUAGACCCAAUACUAGCGGGAGAGCUAAAACUAUCACAAAUAUUUUUUUAUUGAGAUUUUCAUUGAAGUGGGAAACCAAAACCACACCUGAUAUUUCAGCCACGCACUGUGGUGCAUUAAAACUACGUUUGUCACAAAUCCUUAUAAAUUUAACUAUAAUCUAUUAAAUUAAAAAAUUUUUUACAUUUGUUUAAAAUUCAGAAUGUCAGAAGCAGCAUUUCUGAACACUUUUGGCUCUUUUCCUCUACGUGGAACAACCCAAAAAGUUUUCACUCCAGGUAGCGCCACCUUUUACUGACCUGUAAACUAUGACAAUGCAUCCGAAGGCAACAAAAACAACAAAGCAAUCUAUCCUGGGCAUUUUCUCUGUUUUAGCUGAAAGCUUAAAUCGUUGCAGGGCAUGAAGGGCGCAACUGGUGGCAGAGGCAGCUUAGAAAACGGGCAUUUUGUAGAAACACCAGUCUGGUUUUGAAUGAUGCCUUUCAACUGAGAUUUAAUAAUCUGCCUUUCAAAACUGUCCACUUAUAUCUGAAUCUCACAGGAUUAAUUAAUUACGCCGCAGUGCCAGUGUACAGCCAGUAGAUGGUGCUGCAUAGUUUGAUGCUAUCCAAAAUGGAUUGCUGUCGAAACUUUUUGUUUUGACUACUACUUAAAUGUAAUUAACAUUAUAGGGGGCGCUGUGGAGCAAAUUUUCGCAGUUUCAGAGAUUCUUUAAGCCCUUCAAACUUCAAAUUUUCAGAAUGACAACAAUAAUAACUUUAAAUAUCACCAGACUGUUACACCGCCUUUUGUGCUAAUGAUAGCUUCUGAAAAAGAACGUUUAAAACGAGAGUUUUGCAGCCAACUGCUGCCAAUAAAACCUCCGUUCAUGCAAAAAGGUGACAGAAGAAUAUCAUCUAACCCAGCGCUGCAAAAACACAAAAUCUUACCAAGUAUUUUUGGUCCAAUGUCUAGUGCAAAAAUCUUAGUACACUUGAUAUAAGAGAACAUAGAAGUAACUUUUCAUAAACUUGUUUUAAGUAAAUUCCUUAAAAUUAACAAAACUUAUAACGACAUUUUUCCUAUACUAUAAGUAAAACUAGUACUUUUUAAUAAAUAUUAACUCAUGUUCCUGUAUUUUGCUGAAAUGUUAUUUAUAAGUUAGUUUUGUGUCAAUUCAAGUGUAUUAAGAUGUUUUCACUAAAAACUAGAUAAAUUAUUGGGAAGGUUUUGUGUUUUUGCUGUGUCUUUCAAAGCAAAAUUUAAAACAAUAAAUUUUUCCAUCAGAAAUUACCUUUAAAAAUUUUUCAUUCAUUAUAAAAUAUAGGUUAAAAUAAUUUAGCGCAAUUACAAAUUUAUGAAGCUAGCAAGCUGCAAAAGAUGUUGAGAACUCAAACUAAAAUUAGAAAGUUUGAAUGAAUGAAAUAAUUAUUAAACUGAAUUAAAGUGAGAAGAAAACAUUGUAAAAGUCCUUUUUUGUAGCAUUGUCAGUAGAUGCUAAUGCUGUUUGGGAAGUACAAAGCUAGCAAAGCAGUGAAUAAAAACAACAAUGUGAAGCUACCUGAAAUUGAAAACCUCGUCAAUCUGAGCUGUACCAUGUAAGGGAACUGUGCCAAUCAGAGGGAGGGUUCAAAAGACAUUUAAGAGAUUUAUUUUAUCUUAAAAUAAUUAUCAGACAUCUGGAGAAGCCCUUGUAUCCAGAGGAGUUUCAGAGUAAUGGAGAGUGGUGUAAAUUUUGGGUUCCCUGGCAGAGUAUUUGCUCAGAUGUGAGUCGAGCGCCACGUUAUGCUGUUUGCAGACGACUGUGUCUUGUUUCUUUGUGUGUUUAAAUUUUUUUUUGGAGUGCUUUUGUUUAAUUUCCAUUGAAAUUAUUUAUUCAUCUUGGGGUUUUUUGUCUUUUCUGUGUAAAUAUAUUUAUUUUUGAUGUGACGUGGACACAUGGAUUGUAAAUGUGUGUACAGAAUGUGUGUUAGGAAUGUACUUUUAGAUAGGAAUGUAUCAGAGUGUGAAAACUGGGUGGAAGCCAUUUUUUUAUAUACAUAGGUUGUUAUUUUCUCUUGGUUUGUUGCGUUCUGGAUUUUAUUUUUUUCUCCUGGUGGGGUGUCCACAACUUUUUAUAUCUUUUGUACUUUUUGUUUUUGUUCAUCAUUUUCCGGUUGAAGGCAAACAGUUCACAUUCAUGCAGCAAUAUUUAAAGAAAACAGUCUCAAACCUACAGAUGUCAAGACUCCAAAGCCUGUCAUGGAUGCUUUCAUGCCAAAAGUAAUGUACAUAGUAUGACCAACAUUCAAGCUCCUAAGACUUUUCAAUCAGUGUUUGUCACCAAAUCGGUUUCAUUGCGUCCAAGCGUGCGGCGGAUUCCCUCAACACGGGCUGUAACCUACAGACCUCAGCGCUGUGCCUUUUUCUAUGCAACAAAACAAACACAGAGAGAAAUUAUCAGCUGAUCACUGUAUCGGUGGGUCUGUAGAAAAUAAAAUGCUCAGCUUCACAGCUGUUUAUGAACUGAAAACGGUCUUACUUUUGUAGUUUUAUAUAUAUAAAUAUAUAUAUAAAUAUACAAUAAAGUGUAAAAAGUAU